ACAAACAGAUGAGGAACACAACACAGUCCACUACAGCGAGAGAAACUAGUGUUAGUUUACUGAAUGUGGAAAUGAAAAUAUAGAAAAGGGUAAAACUCAGAGAAGAAGAAACAACAUAUAUGUUUGAUAUCUAAAAAUAUAUGGACGUCGUAUGAGGUAAAGUCAGAACAGAUAUCACAGAUUUCAACGCCAGAAGAAUUGAGUCAUAUAGCAUGGAUAAAGAUUCAAUAAUGGACUCAGAAGACCGAAUAGAAAGGACUGUUGAUAUCUACGUCAGUGCAGAGACUGUAAGAGACAUGAAACAUAAGAAAAAGACAGAAGACUUCAACACAGAAGAACCCCGAACACCUCGACGCACAGAAGACUUCAACACAGAAGAACCCCGAACACCUCGACACACAGAAGACUUCAACACAGAAGAACCCCGAACACCUCGACACACAGAAGACUUCAACACAGAAGAACCCCGAACACCUCGACACACAGGAAGUGAUGGUGUGACGAUCUCCAGAGCAGCUGGUGUGUGUUUGGGGCUGAUGUGUGUUCUUCUGAUGACUGCAGUCAUAGUGCUGUGUUUCAUCUUCAUUCAAGAGAGACAACUGACUAAGUUCACCAACAUCACAGAAGAGAGAGACCAGCUACUAACCAACAAUAUGAGCCUCACUCAAGAGAGACAACAGCUGCAGACUAAGAUCACCAACCUCACAGAAGAGAGACAACAGCUGCUAACUAAGAUCACCAACAUCACUCAAGAGAGAGACCAGCUACUAACUAAGAUCACCAACAUCACUCAAGAGAGAGACCAGCUACUAACUAAGAUCACCAACAUCACUCAAGAGAGAGAACAGCUGCUAACCAACAAUAGGAGCCUCACAGAAGAGAGAGAGCAGUUGAAAUCAGAAAGAAAUGAUCUUCAGAAGUUUGUGGAUGACGCCAGCUUCCUUGGGUUCAGAAGAAAACCCAGUGGAAAAUUGGACACCAACACACCAGGCUUCGGUGUGCGCUCGGACUGGCUGGACCUGAAUGACCUCUGUAACCAUGCAAACAUCCAACUGCGCUGGAGGAAAACAGCAGGACAGUCGGUGGAAGCCAAUGAGAACAUCUGCACGGAUCCAACCAUCACGGCAGAGGCAACCAUUACAACUGAUGACAACAUUCAACUUCUUGAUACUCAAAACAUCAGAAGGACAAUAAUCGACCACUUUCACUUGCGUAUGAUACAACACUGGACAGGCCUACGCCUACAAGGACAACUGGCCUGCCUGCCCUGUGCUGACCAGAACCUAUCACACACAGUUUUGAAAAACACAGCCCUACAAGAUGACAUCUACAGAUUCACAAUUAAAGCUCGUCUUCAGGAUUUUGUGAAGAAUAUUUGUGGUUCUGAUCAUUUCUGGAUUGGUUUGACUGAUGUUGAAGAGGAGGGCAGAUGGAAAUGGGUUGAUGGCAGCACACUGACCUCUGGGUUCUGGGCGUCUGGAGAACCAAACAAUCAGGGAACAGAUGAAGACUGUGCUAACACUCGUUCAUCAGGAUGGUUUGAUUCUCCAUGUGAUAGUAGUCUUAAAUGGAUCUGUGAGAAGAGUAUCCUUAAAUGA